UCUAAAGAACACGCACACAUCUGACGAGAAAAAGGUAUGCAAGAGCCCGAAGAGGUACACCUAAAAAUCCCUGCAGCACCGUAUGCGUGCCCAAAAACUGAACUGCACGUCCGUCCCACCGUUCGACUACAGUAGCAUCACCCCCUCCCUGUCCCACUCUAUACCAAAACGGAAGAUUGCCGACUACAGCAUAAUGCUGUCUGAAGUGCUGUCUGCACAUAACCAAGGCACCCGGGUUAGCCACGCCAUCUCUGACGGGUCUCUCUACAAAACCAGUGACGACGUCAUCACAUAGAACCAACACCGAAAAUCAGGAAAAAAACGAGAAAAAUUGACAACACAGAUCAGAUAUAAAUGUUUGUCCGUGCGCCACGGGUCGAUGUCGCCCGCAUGCUCCGGUGCCGCUGCUCCGUCCGGCGCCGCUGUAGUCAGCCCGAGCAUAACGCCACUCGACCUGCUCCGUCCGUACACGCUCUCGUUGCUGUCCUUCCCAGUCGGUUCCUCGCUUUCUCCCUCGUCGCACUUAGGGUUCUCGGUCUGAAGAUUCUCGCGCCGAAGGGUCAACCAGCCCAAUCAGCUCGUCACCACCUGUCCCCUCCUCCUUUGAUGGCAAAACCAGGUUACUGAGACAGUACAGCUCCCUCUAACAAACCUAGGGCCGUGUACAUAGUUCCCGUCCACCUUCUGACGGUGUCUGCCUCCGCGCACAAAAAAUGAGAUGGGCAUCGCUGCCUACGCCGACGGCCAGAGGCCCGCGCAUCUACAUUUUUUCGCCUGACCCCAUCAGUGCCGACCCAACUACACCACCACGCGCAUGCCUCGCGGCGGAUAUGCGCAGCAGCAAGAAGGUUUCGGUCAUCCCUUGAGGGUGAGUCUAGCCCUGCUCGCCAGAAAGACCCCCCCCUUCACUACAACCCAUGUCUAAGCAAAAGCUUGUCGAGGAGCGAGGGGAAGAAGGGGAAGUGUAUCAAUUGUUGUUGUUCCACAUACACUAACUGGAUGGAUGGCUGUUUGGCAGAUACGUCUGAAUCUCUUCGAACUGCUUGAACAUUAAUUCUUGCAGAUUCCGACACAAAAAAAUCAUACACAGGCGAAUCGUGUCUGUCUGCAAACAUCGAUUGUAUGGAACCUAGAUCUUGACGCGCCCAGAUAUCUGUGGACUUCGAUCUACAUGUAUGUAUGCAUGUAUGCGUAUGGUUGGGUUUGCGUGUUGUGCGCACGAAUCUGGCGCGCGCGGAUGGCUGCAGACUUUAAUCUACGAAAUGGUUGGCGACGAAGGAUGGCACUGACGUCUGCAUUACUGUUGGACUAUGAAAGAGAAAGAAAUGCGCUCGACUAUUGUUUCAGAGGCAGAAAGAGAGCGAGGGUGAGCGACCGAGAGCGAAGGAUGGCACCCAACACGGACGUGGGCGACGAAGGAAAGAUCUCCGACAGGUCAAAUCGCCGAUGGCAGGUCCAACGAACGCGCCACAACCCACGAACAUCUACUGCAGUAUCUACGCAGUCUACGGUGGCGCACGUCGUCUGUUUACUAUCCUUGGAGAGGGUCAGCAAGCAGCGUGGCACGGAAACCUCGCGGGAAGAUGGACGAGGAGUUCACUCCACCUGACUAAAGGGAUCGUACAAGCUGGCGCAUGGUGGAUGCGGCCACUGGGGCAAAAGGCCGGAAGGGCGGGACGCCGCUCUACACGCUCAACAGUAGAUAUAAGCUGCAGGCAGGAAUGGGAGGAGAUGGCGACCGAAGAAAAACUAACAAAUGUAGAUAUGCAUUACUUAACCGGCGACCGGUUUGUGCGCUAUUGUUUGUCAAGUCGGGAUGGCUGUUGCCUUUGCGGGGCGCUGUAAACAGCCCGCCACUUGUGUGCUAUCGACCGCGCGACCCAUCCACGUAUUUCUAUGGUCUGCGGAUCUACGAUAUCCUCUGCGUGUGCUGCUUGCGGAUCAGUUAGUUGAGUGAUCGGGCACCGUGCUGUGGCCCGCAAGCAGGUGUGUGUGUUGUUCAAACAGCAGAGUUAUGGAAAUAAGUUUGUUCGUGCCAUGUGGGGCUUCGUGCCGUGUGGGAUAGUGAUGCAUGUGUGGGAUUAGGCCUACCUUGCUGCUUGCCGCACGAACCAGUUGCCGCACCGCCAAGCUUGAUGGCCUCCACUUGUUGUUUCGAGGGGAGGCAGGAGUAAUUCUCGGGAGAUUUUUAUUUGCGGCUGUGGAGGUGGGUGGUUUGAGACGUGGGAGCAAGCGCGAGUGACGGGACGUACGGUCUCCUCCUGUGUUCCAGUUGCGGAGUUACUACUGCAACAACCGUCGUGCAGGCACACCGUUGAAAAUUCAAAAAAAGAUGUUCCAGAUACGUCCCAAGGGCCCGCAUCCGCGGCCCAAGGGGCACCCACCCUUGCGAAGCACCCCCAAGUACCCCCAAGUAGCCCCAACCUGUUGAUAUUGACAUCUGUGACCCCGCGGGACUUUCGGCCAUACUCGAGUCUACCCUACUCUGAGCGGUUCACCGGCGAGGGGGUAACAUGGGGCGUAAUAAUGUAAUAAUGAACAUUCCUACAUACAACAACAUAUUCGCCUGAUUGAGAGCGAAGUAUCUGAUUGAGAGCGAGAGCCAAAAAAAUUGAAAUUUCGGGUCCAGACGCCUCUUGCCAUUUCUUGGCAAGUAGGGGACGGGCUAUUCCAAGAAGCGGUGCAAAUUGAAGGUCUCAUCAGCAGCUUCGCGAGCAUAUGCGUGUCAUCGUCAUCGGAUGCUGCAGCGAGGAGCUAGACAAGUUGCUAGAUUUGCCCAGAUUGGCUAUUUCUGCUCAAACUGUUUCAGGGCGGUAUCGCGUCGGGCGGUGGGCUCUGCUGUAGCUUCUGCUCCCCGCUGUAGCUCCACAACGAGAGACUCCCACAGGAUGACCAGGGUAGCGGCUUGAAGCUACGGGCUAGCCCUUCAAUUCAAGCUACACAGCAAGCUCCACCUCUCAGUGGUAGUCCGGCUACAGCGUAUCGCGCAAUCUCGCUCUCAAUCAGAUGCUACGCUCUCAAUCAGGCGAAUAUGUUGUUAAUACGAAGAUCUCUGGUUUUUUCAAGCGCUAUGUUGUUGUUGUUGUUGUUGUCUUCACAUCAAAAACCAUCCCGUCUCUCUAUCCAGUACCUCCUUCUGUCUCAAUCUCUCCGUACUAAUCCAGCACUUGACUCGGUCAAUUUCCGUGGUCACAGGCUAACGUACAGUACCUAGAAAAGGCAUACCAAAAUAAAAUGGACCCCAAGGGUUAGCAGAGCGAUAAAAUACAAGAAAACAAAAGAAUCAGAAACAAAUAAAUAAAUAAAUGGUGGAACGUGCGCACCACCAGCCUGGGGGGUAGCCUUCCGGAAGGACCCCAAGGGUCAACAGUACGUGCCAGUAAAGAAACAAAACAAAAACGAAAUAAACCAAAGACAGACGAGGACGUAAACAAACUCGCACAGAGACAGGGAUAUCCG